CUUCCGGUAUCCGUUCCGGAGACCGUUCACCAGCUUGAAUUUUGCGGUAAACUGCGCUAAGUAUUUGUAAAUGUAUCAUUUUAUCGCCAUUUAACCGAAAAAAUGAACCAGAAAUCGAGGCCCGGUUUAACUAAUGUUUCCUUCAGACAUGCGCAAAAGUGCCGCAAAGUGUAACAUGUGGAAAUGUUGUGCGCAUUUCAACCAACAGCUACAGUGAUACUUGGGUUGAUAGUUGAACUUCCUCAUUGUGAUUCAGCCCUCAGACAGCAGCGGCCUGUAGCUCACCAUCAUGUCUCGUCAACAGUCGCUUAAAUCCGGGCAGGACUUUAUUGCAUUUCUGGGAGACAGAAUAUCCAAUAGUAUCUCUAAAGAGGAACUUCGGGCAAUCUACUACGCUGAAUUUAAGGGCAGGAAAGGAUUUAAAGACCCCAGCUUUUCCUCUGUUGUCUACGCCCUAGUGAAGUCCAACAAAGCCUUCUUAAGACAGGAGACAAUCUACUUAAAUGUCAAACCUCAGGUUCCAGUGCACUGUGACCAGUCGAGGAGGCCCCGGGCCCCUCAGUCGCCCCACACCCCUGGCUCUGGCUCCAAGAAGAAGACCGCUAAGACACCUUCACCCUCCUCUGCCCCCUCUACCCCGGUGACCCCGGUACUCACACCAAAGAAAAAGCUGGCAGCGGAAAUCCUGCGCAAGUUAAAGCUGAACAGGAAAAAGAUGACAGCUGACAAGGGCGGCAUUCAAAUCACCUCAGACCCUGCUGCGAUCGGCGGAAAGGUCCAGUUCACUGUGGAGCGUCUGAAGGAGUUGUUCCUCAUCAGGUUUCACAUCGCAAACAAGGGCACACACUGUGUCAACUUCACCUUCUACACUGCCCUGCACAAUAUGCACUGUUUCACUUUGGAGGACGAGAGGAGGGUGACCAGAGCUUGUCCCCUCUUCCUCUCUCCAGGAGAAAGCUAUGAGGUUUUGGUUCGUUACACGCUGAAACACUAUGGAUUUUUCCCGGCCACGAUGUACUUUGAGUUCUGCGCAGAUCUGCCGGGAGCCGUGCCCUUCUGCAUCGUGAGGGAUAUGGAAGCUGCAGCCAGGACCCCGCUGGCUCUGGAGCUGGGGCCCGUGUCUCCUUACAAACCAUACAAGGGGGUCUCAUACAGGCGUGGGGGCAGAACGAUAGUGGAGGGAGUUCCACCUGAGAGGUCUGGGGUCCAGCCUUUACAGUCAACAUUGAAAUUAGGAAACUUUAACUACCCCAAAAACCUAAAGGGACUGAGGCUGGAAGACUCUGAGUCUCCAUCAACCAAGCAACGCCUGCCAUUAGUGAAGGGUCUCCUUGACGCUCCCUUAAAGAUGAAGAGCUACGCUCAUCGAUUUCACCUCCUGCUACACCUGGAAGAGGUACAGAUGGAGAGGGACAUCCAGAACUAUGACCUCCACAAUCAAACCAUGACCCCUGACCAAUUAAACAAGAAACUGCUUACACUCAGGGUUCCUGGUGUUGCUGAGAAUCGGCCAUCUGUACUACGAGGAGACUGUCUGAAGGUGACCAAAUGUGGAAACAAUGACACCAUGUACAAUGGAUACGUUCACAGUGUGGAGCUGGAUAGUGUGAAGCUGGGCUUCAAUAAGAGAUUGUUGCAGAUUUUUAUCCCCAACAUGAAGUUCGACGUGGAAUUCACCGUCAACCGGUUCUCCUUGAGGCUGCAGCACCGUGCCGUGGACUUGGCAGUAAAGCAAAGGCUGGAAGAGGUGCUGUUCCCGUCUGGUGCAGCAGUGGCUACUCUCCCUAUGCCUAAACUCAGUAUGUUCAACCGUCAGCUGGAGAACAACCCGGAGCAACAUGCUGCCGUCCAGCGCAUCGUGGCCGGGUCGUCAAAGCCCGCCCCUCAUCUUGUGUUUGGGCCCCCUGGAACUGGAAAGACAAUCACUCUGGUUGAAGCUAUGCAUCAGGUCAGCAAGGCAGACCCAUUAUCCAGAAUCCUGGCCUGUGCCCCUUCAAACAGCGCAGGGGACCUCCUCUGUGAGAGACUGAUGGUCCACAUGGACCCUCAUCGCAUCUACCGCAUGUACGCCAGCAGCCGAAACCCCAGAACUGUCCCCGCCGACCUGCUGAAAUAUUGUAACUGGGACAAGAGAGAAGAUAAGUUUGUGUUUCCAGAGAAAAAAACUCUGAUGAAAUACACGAUCAUUGUUACGACUCUGGUCACAGCUGGCAGACUGGUGUCUGGAGAAUUACCUGUGGACCAUUUUACCCACAUCUUUUUGGAUGAAGGAGGCCAGGCAGUGGAGCCGGAGUGCGUCAUUGCCAUCGCAGGUCUGCUCGAUGCAGAGAAGGGUCAGCUGGUGCUGGCCGGAGAUCCAAAGCAGCUGGGACCAAUCCUCCGAUCUAAAAUAGCAGUGCAGCAUGGACUCGGGCUUUCUCUGCUGGAGAGACUGAUGAGACACAACACUUUGUAUCAGAAGAGUACAGACUCUGGGCACUUUGACACCCGCUUUGUGACCAAACUGCUGCGAAACUACAGGUCGCAUGCUGCCAUUCUGAAAGUCCCCAAUGAGCUCUUCUAUGAGAAUGAACUGCAGGUGUUCGCUGACCAGUGGGAGCGCGACAUCUACUGCAAAUGGGAACACCUUCCCAAAACGGGUUUCCCAGUGAUCUUCCAUGGAGUGAUUGGGAAAGAUGAGAGAGAGGCCAACAGUCCUUCUUUCUUCAACGUGACUGAGAUUGAGGUUCUGAUGAACUACCUCACCAAGCUGAUAGAAACUCAAGGGAAGAAGGGUCUCCCCAAACUCUCUGCCAAAGACAUUGGCAUAAUCGCCCCCUACAGGAAACAGGUUGAGAAAAUCCAAAAGGCCGUGAAGUCCGUUUCGGCUCUGAAGCGAUUGGGUGAUCUCAAAGAGCUCAAGGUGGGGUCUGUGGAGGAGUUUCAGGGCCAGGAGAGGAAGAUCAUCAUGGUGUCGACAGUCCGCAGCAGCAUCAACUAUCUCAAGAUGGACAAAGACUUCAACAUUGGAUUCCUAGCAAAUGAAAAGAGAUUCAACGUGGCCCUGACCAGAGCCAGGUCCCUGCUGAUAGUCGUGGGAAACCCUGUGAUCCUCAACAAGGACCCCACCUGGGAGAAGUUUAUCAGCUACUGUGUGAAGGAGAAGGGAUACACUGGAUAUCCCUUUGAAGACGCAGAAGGGGAGGAUGACAUUGUGUCCAGACUGGCAUCCCUGAAAAUCGAUGUGGAUUCUGACAAUCCUGAGGAAGAGCUGAGCGCCCUCCAGCAGCAUAUGGACCCCGAGUGGAAAAAUGAGCAUUGAAUUCUUCUUUAAUACAAUUGACAAGGAAAAAAGAACAAUUUGCGGUGCAAUCUAAUUGCAUACAAAUGAAUUGCAAGUAUCAGCAUUUCCUUUUUCCUUUCGAUGAGCUUUAAUCAUAACAUUGACAUCUAUUUAGAAUAUAUUCUGCUUAUGUACUUUUCUAAGAGCAGUUUGCAUAUUUUGGUGCAAAGAAGCAAUGCUGUUUUUUGAUGAUAAUUCCACAGUAAAACUCUUUCAGUGGCUUGAAUAAAGCUGCCAUUUAACAGAGUGUGCUUAGUGGGACCAUGGCUGCACUAAAGUAAUUCAUUUUCUGACUAAGAAAAAAAGAGCACACUGAAAUAUGUCUCAGGAAUUCGUCACUGUAUGUCUUACCGCUGUUUUACACUUAACAUGUUAGUGUCCUUUCAUUUCAUGUUUCUUUCUGAUCGUAGUUAUACCCUGAAUAAAUACUGUCAUUUCUGAAUUA